AUUCUUCUUCUUGAUUGCUUUCUUGGGGGAAAAGGUCUUACAAAUCAGUCAAUUCUCAAAUUGGACGAGGAGAAAGCAGAGGAUCAAGUAUGGCUUUAGAUUCAUCAAUGGUUCUAGUCGUGCUAUCUUUCACAACCCUCGCUUUGCUCUCAGCGCCUUCACUUCACGCCCAGGGCAUAAAUGGUGAGCACGGAGGAAUUGGGCAUAGAGUUUUGCUGAGUUUCAAAGAAACUCAUCGAGGAAGUAACGCUACUUUUGAAUGCUCUCCUUCUGGUCCUUGCGUUCCUUGCCUCUAUUCCGAAAAGAAUGACGAAAAAUAUCGGUGCAGUGAGACUGGUUAUCGUAUCCCUUUGAAAUGCGUGGAAACAAGAGAUGGUACGAAAGUUCCCAAUGAAAAAAAGUCUCGGAAGGGUCGAUCUACUUUGGAGAUUUUCCCCCAAAAUGUAAAGCUACACACAGUCUUGCAUAAUAAGGAAGACCUAAGUACCAAUUUGAAACAUAGAAGGUUGCUGGCUGAUUCAUCAAGACAGGAGAAUGGAAACCAAGCUUACAUUACAUACAGAAGCUGUAUACCGGCAGUUAGUGAAGAGAAGUUAUCUAUACUUGGUUUUGAGGGAAUUAUAUUUUGCUUGUUGCUUGUCAGUGCGCCAGCUGUAUACUUCAGAAAAAGGCGCUCUGCUGCCGUUUCUGGAUUUGCCAGGCUCCAAACCAACUCCAGAUAUUAAUAUAUUUUUUUUGAUGUUAGUUUGAAAGUGUUUUGGUUUUUUCUACUAGUGAUGCUUUUUACAAUGUUCUGCUCAAGGUCACGAAGUACUCUAUUUGAAACCAACCGUGAAGAGGAGCCAAAAUUAUUUUAGUAGGUGCAAGCAAGGAUGCAAAUAUCUUUUGCAUAUUUGUCUUUUUUCAGCAGAAUCUAUCUGAGCAUCAACGAAAAAAUGUACUAUAUGGUCCUCCUCAGAUACCAAGUAGUGUCCAACUUUUUAAUUAUGGAUGCUAAGCACUCCCGAAAAUUCUCACCA